AGGGUCCUGUUACAGUUUGAAGUCUAAAAUUAGGGAGGCACCCCGACUGCAAAUGACGCAAGAAGGCUAAACUGGACAGUCUACUCGUCUCUGUGUCAAUGGUAACAGGACUCAGGGCCAUGGAAACGUUCCCUACAACUUUGCUGUUGUUGAUGACAUGCACGGUAUUUUUAGCUGUUGUUGUCAUCUUUCCGUAGCGGCCCGGCUGCGGCGUUCGGUAUAAAGGACUCUUUCAAAAUGCAGUUGUACAACAGUGUGCUGACACACUACCCGAGGUCGUCGCGCAAAGUUACAAUAACUUUAUCGACUGGAUCCGAGCGACUGAACGGGGCAACACCAAGUUCUUCUGAGCCUGAUAAAGCAAGAUUUACUCAUCCAGACACAACUUCAACGACAAACGGGGAUCCGGUGAGAGAAACUCCUUCUUCCGCAAACAUGCCUGCCUUUUCAUGUUACGAAGCCUCAUCCAUGAGGCCAAUUUACUUCACGUCGACUGCUGAGAUAUUAAUCCGCAGACCCGAUGGAGUGGAGAGGUCUGUGCCUGUCCAUAUAAUGAGGGAGUCCAAAACCAAACCACCUUCUCCCAGCUCACAUAAUGGGGAAAGCAUCCUCUGUAAUGACUGUGAUUCUGAUGUGAUUGUGGACUUGUUAGAUCAUCUGAAAAACGGAACAGAUGAGCUUUUCCCUGACUGCCCAGAGCUGGUUGGAAACCACCUUUUCACCAGUAACACCAUGUGUGGACCCAGAAUAGAAGAAUACAAGAGGGUGGUGCGAAAUUCAAGUGAGGAUGAUAUGGUGUCAGUGACUAAUGCUCCCUGUAGAAGCAAUAGAUGGGCCUCAUUACGUGAAGAGGAGCUUGUUCCUUCCAGGGCAGCUCGGCCUGGAACUGUUAUAAAGGAAGAAUUUAGUGAUAUGAGCAAAGCUGCUCCAGCGUCUGAUGAGAGACGGGCCUUUGAGCUCAGCGUUCUGCAGGAGUCUGCUCCUCAGAGAUGUCAAGAGAGAGAGGAUAUCAAUGAUAAAGUCACCCGGUACCUGGCUGAAGUGGAAAAACAAAACAAGUACCUCCAGGAGAGGAAUAAGUACAGAUACCACAUCAUUCCAGAUGGCAACUGUUUGUACAGAGCUGUGUGCAAAGCCACGUACGGGGACCAGGCCAGGCACGGGGAGCUCAGGGAGCAGACGGUGCACCACAUCGCCGACCACUUGGAUGAGUUCAACCCCAUCAUUGAAGGGGACGUGGGGGAGUUCCUGAUCAACGCUGCGCAGGACGGGGCCUGGGCUGGGUACCCCGAGCUUCUCGCCAUGAGCCAGAUGCUCAAUGUCAACAUUCACCUGACAACGGGUGGGAGCUUGGAGAGCCCUACUGUCUCCACCAUGGUGCACUACCUUGGGGAGGAGGAUGCUUCCAAACCUGCUAUCUGGCUGAGUUGGCUCAGUAACGGCCACUAUGACGUCCUCCUGGACAGGUGUCUCCCCAACCCCGAGUACGAAGACUGGUGCAGACACUCACAGAUGCAGAGGAAAAGAGACGAGGAGCUGGCAAAGUCAAUGGCAGCCUCAUUAUCCAAGAUGUACAUUGAGCAAAAUGGAACUGCGUGAAAGAAAUAUGUCAGGAUGCACACUGUUAGAGAGCAGAACUGUUUGACUCUGCUUGGUUUCUACAAACUUUAAAUGAUUUUUAUAAGAUUUAUUUUGUGAGAGAAAGGAAGUGCAGUGCACAUACUUUGGAUUUUGUAUAUGCCAACACUGACAAAUGAAUUGCCAUUAUUUCUGAAAGUGUUUGAAAGUGUGCGAGCCUGUUCUUGAUAGUAUGGGUUAUGUCAACAUGAGUGAAAUACUGUACAUGGAAGUGCUUUUGAGUUUAUAGUAUUUAUUUGCCUUUUACUGGCAGACAGUUAUUUUUCUAUAAUACCUAUGCUUUUUAUGCCAUUGCUAAAUAUUUGGCUGGUUUGCAUCUUUGUCAUUUAGCUACAUUGUUUAAUAACUAUUUACUCUCUUUUGCACAAAAGUCCUAUCAGACUAGUUCAGAGAGUUUGAUUUGUGUCUGUGAGAACAAUUCAGUGGUUCUUUUUUCUAUUGUUACAGUUCUUUUUAGGAAUUUGACAAAAUCUUUCAGAAUAAAGUUUUGAAGAAACCUGA